AUGGUAAUUCUUGUGUUUCUGUCUUCCUCUCUUUGUCUCUAGGGUUUCUAGGGGUAGCGGCGGCUUUUCCUGACAUUUCUCCUCUCGUUUGCCGGUGGCUGGCCGGCGGUGCACUGCGGCAGCUCUUCUUCUCGUACUUCAAGGAACUGGUGGGGAAGGAGGUGACGGUGGAGCUGAAGAAUGACUUGGCUAUCAAGGGCAUCCUCCACUCCGUUGAUCAGUACCUGAACAUCAAGCUCGAGAACACCCGGGUUGUCGACCAGGACAAGUACCCUCACAUGGUACGUGCUUAUAUUUGUCCAUCUCCACUCUCCUUAAUCUUAAUUUAUCUGUAUUUAAUGUCAUCAUUUCUUUUUCUUCCUUUAUUUCAUCUCUAUCUUGUAUAAUUCAUUAAUUUUCCCGUCACUUGGCUUAAGGGGUUUAGGGUUUUCAGUUCCUUGUUCAUCUUCAGAAAAAAUGGGUUGAAUUAGUUCGUUAAUAACGGAGAAAGAAUUUUUUUUCGCAAAUCCGUUCCUCCGCGUAUCCAUUAAAUUUCCGAGAACGAAGGGAGUCUGCAACUUUAUUCUAAGCUUACUCUGAAAAAACCUCUAUUGGAGGUGUGUACCGAGUUGCUGAAAAGAAGGUGACAAUCACCUCCUUUUUCGCUAAAGAAUAAUCCUUGUUCACGUUCUCGCCUUGCAACCGUCAUACCAAGUAACUGUCCUCUAAACAUCUGACUGUUCUUUCAUCUUUAGAUGAACCAAAGCAUCGCACGCCAAAAUUUCUAUGUAGACUUUUUUCUCAAAUCCCUACCAAAUUUCUGUCGAGAAUGAACAUGCCCUAGACAAAUUAUCCUUCAACUACUCCUGGCAUAGGUACCAAGAGACCGUACCCUCGUAUUGUCCAUGAUUAGAGAUUGAGUUGUUGAGCUCCUUAAGUGGUAGGGAACCUUUUUCGUUUUGUUUCUUUGUAGGAUGAAAGUUGAAAAGUGAAACUCAAAGAUUUGGGAUACAGAAUGUUCUUUCAUAUGGUUUAGGAUUUUCAAAUCUGAAAUAAGGAAAUAUUAGCCACUUGCAUAAAGUUUGUGGGGCUCUUGAACAUAGCUGCGAUUCGCAUCCAAGGCUGAUCUGAACAUAAAUUCUAUUUCUGGCGGCAACCAUGACUGUUAAUUGAGCCAUGGUGUAUCUGAAUAUGAUCUGAAAACUCACUACGUGUACUUGAGUCACGUGGGAUGAUUUGGAUUUAGAGAAUCUGGGUUUAAGGUCCGCGUUUGGAUUGGUCUCUCUGACCAACCUAUGAUUCGCUUCUUGUGGAAGAAGGGCCAUAUUGCACUAAAAAGGGUCCUAGCAAUAAGAUUGCUACCAUAUUGACACAGCAGAAGCCAGAGGAAGUCGUACAUUGAAUCCAUUGGGAACGAAAUCCAGAAUCCUUGAAUCCAUAGGGAUUGAGAGUGUUGAUCAUUGAGUCCACAAGGAUCAAAAAACGAGCAGCUUGAAUCCACAAGGGUUGAUAAUGCUGAUUAAAGAUUUCUUGGAUAACAGAAAGCAGUCACCAACCAUACAAAAAGGAAAUGUGUUUGAGCCUGACAGGCCCACCUAGACAACAUUAUUCGGCCCUUCAUCAUUUUACCUGUGCUCUUCUGGACUGCAGUUUUUUUACCUCUUCGCGUUUCCAGCGAUUCUGUUCUACAUCACAUACGAAUAUUGGCUAACCUGUGCAAAUUUCAUGCUUAUGCUAUGCUAUGUCGUUGCGAUGAACUGACAUGUCAUUAGAUGGAUCAAAAUGGACCCCAAUCAUCUUAUAAGAGGGGUGUGCUAUGCUAUCUAGCAUUACGCGAGAUGUUAAUAGAAAGUGAGGUUGUAAAUAUAUUUUACUCUAGCAUGAUGGAAGUUUAUAGGGGCGUUUUAAUGCUUCCUGUACUAGACUGGAAUUCAAAAUUAUUGGAAAAUAUUAUUCAUUCUGAAAACCGAUCAAGCAAACUUGUGCGAUCCGUUUUUUUUAAUUUUUAUGUACGAUUGCAUAGAUCUUCUUUAGCUUUCUUUCCAUUUGUAGGGGAUCGCUUUGAAUGGUUUUACUUUGAAAGCAUUUUACAGGAAGUGACAUGACCCAAUAAGUAACUCGCACUAUGGUUUCCAUCAUUAUAAUAUGCCACUCUCUUGUUUACACCGUGGCAUGCUUUCUAUUGCAAAAUUGUGCAUUUAGCAUAGUAUUUUUGCUGUAGAACCAGAAUAAGAAAGCGCAUAUUUUCACAUUGUUGUAAAGAUACAUCCAUAAAAAAGUUGUUGGAGUUAAGCAUUCGAGUUAACAAAAUAACCCGUGACAUUGAUUGGGCUCCUAUUUGCAUUUGCAAAAUUUCAAGAUAUGUAAUGGUUGAAAAUAAGAGUUCAAUAUUAGGGAAAUUAGAGAAACAUGUUCACCAGAGAAUAAGUGUAUAUUGAGAAAUAUCCUGCAUAAUAACCCAUUUUGGGUGAGAUACGUUUCAUAUCUGCUCUUUGAGAAGUCUUACUCAAUUUAGAACCGAAAAAGAUAGCCAGAACAUUUUUAUUGUUGGCUGGUUCAUCCGAGUUGCUUUGUACUCUCCUUUCCGAGAACUGUUGUGGUGACUGCAUGCUAUUUAAUCUUCUUUCUUCCUGAUUUUCUGAGUUCUUUCCUAAUUUACGGAGAUCCUUAAGCAGUUUGCGUAAAGGCGUCACCAUGAUCCGCUCUCUGUUAGCUUGUUUAUAAAGGCGUUUUAAUGUCCCCUCAUUAAUGACCUGGAAUCAGAUUAAUCGUUUGAUCCUGCAACAUUUCGUUCUUCUUGACCUGGAGUCAGGUAUGUGAUGCUCAUUGAUUGUUUUGUUCUUCAAAAUCUUUGCAGUUAUCAGUGAGGAACUGUUUCAUAAGGGGUUCCGUGGUAAGAUAUGUCCAGCUUCCUCCUGAUGGAGUCGACAUCGACAUCCUUCACGAUGCUACAAGGAGAGAGGCGCGGGGUGGCUAG